AUGUUGGAGGUGGUACAAGAAGAUCAUGAGUUUGAUCUUGCCGGCUCCGCUCGGUUGGAUGUACUGGUUUCAGCUAUCAAGCCUCGCCAGGCUAGCCAGGUCGUCAAGGACUUAUCAGAGCUUCUUCCUCUUGAGCGGGCCAAGCUCAAUCACCUCAAGCGUAUACGGUCAUCUCAACACCCGGAAACCGGGAGAUUGCUGCAAGUGCUCCUGUCGCCCCCCGACAUGUACCACGCCCUCGACGAGGCCAAGCGCAAGGAAAUCGUGGAGCGGUAUGGUCUUGAGCCCACCGUGCACGCUGUUCCCAAGCUUGAGCCUCGAACACGGGCACAGUUCCUGAGUGGGGGCUCUGCGUGGCCGAUGAUAUUUCACCACAGCACAUCUGAGGAAGCCCGGCGGGCCGCCAGAGUCAUCCCUGAACAAGACGCUCUCGACGCCAUUGGCUUCAUGAGAGACGCCCUCGUCGAUGCGGAGACGGGGAGGCAGCAAAACGGGGGCCGACCAACGGUCGGAGCGGUGCUGGUCGACCCCUUGGGGGGAUGCGGGGGUCGAAGGGGGAGGGUCGUUGCAACGGCCUCAAGAGAGAGGCAGAAGGUUCGCGACGAGGAGCCGGCGUCCAUGAGAGAUCACCCCCUGCAUCACGCCGUCAUGCUGUGCGUGCAAGGGGUGGGGAGAGCGCUAGCGGCCGGAUCGAGACAAGAGAAAGUUGCACGAAAGCAAGAGGAAGAUUCAGCAGGGGGCAAGCUGGGAAAGGAGCGGGAGGGGAAGGGGUCGGAGAGUUUAUGCAGCGAUGCAGACCCUCCUGGCGGGGUAGUGGAGGUGCUGUCUCCCGAGCAGUAUUUGUGUACAGGCUUCGACCUCUACGUCACGCGGGAACCUUGCCUGAUGUGCGCUAUGGCGCUGGUACAUAGCAGGGUUCGACGGGUGAUCUACGGUGUUCGGGAUACGGAGCGAGGGUGUUUGGGCUCGGUGACGAUGCUGCACACUCUCACGUCGCUCAAUCAUAACUACAGAGUAUUCGAGGGUGUGUGUGCGGAUGAGUGUCGGCAGUCCUUGUCGGACAGAGAGUCGAAGCAUGCAGCGGUUUUGCCGUAA